AUGAAACUUAACGUUAGUCUGGCAAUCGAAAUGGAUUUAAAAACAAAUAAUUACGGAUCAAUAAUGCUCCUGCAGUCUCGUGAAGCUGCCUUCAACGACAUCGCUCGUGGCGCGCCUGUCAAAUAUCGAAUAAACUUUCCAACGCAAUCUAUUUUGCCAGCUGUUAAAUCAAUCCUGCUAAACGGUCAAAUCAUUUGCAGCAGUUUAAUUACUCCGACUCCAACUACAACAAUUAUAAACUGGGAACACACCUGGUAUGGUCAGCUACCGGGCCGAAUUGUGCCACAUAUCAAUGGAGUUCAAAUGUAUGAAACCAUCGCUCGGCAAAUCUAUAAACUAGAGUCAAAGCCAGUACAAUCUGUAUUGGAUGACCCUAUCGCAUUGCGCAUUGACACCGGAUCAACGAGUACGUCGCGUUUCUUGCGAAGUACUGUUGCCCCUCCAUCGAGCACAAAUCUCGAAUGUGGUAAGCCAACUCUUUACUUCCAAAACCAUCUGUCCCUGAAGGGCGAUCUGGUAAGCGAAGGUCAAUUUCCGUGGAUAGUUCCGCUGUUCGAUCGGGAACGGCCGCGGAGCCCGCGCUACAUCUGCGGUAGCACCAUUAUCACGAAAGGGCAUCUUCUAACGGCGGCACACUGCGUGCACGAGCUAGAUGAACCGAUACCGGCCGAUCGCCUACUGGCGAUCCCCGGCAUGUACAAUAUAGACAAUUUCCUAGACAAAAAUGCCGUCCUUGCCGAUGUUGCCGAAGUAAUCCCACAUGAGGACUACAUUUUUGACGAUGACUUGAACGAUGCGGACAUUGCAGUGUUACGCUUGCAGAAGGUGCUGGAUUUUUCCGAUCACAUCGUUCCGAUUUGCCUCUGGCCGGGUGAUAAUAACCUGAGGAAGAUUGUCGGCAGCGAGGGUUACGUUGCCGGUUGGGGUGACACGGAGGACGGUGCCUCUCAGGUGCCAACCUACAUUCACACGGCCAUCGUGAAUCGGGAGCAGUGCAACCGGAACUGGGAUCGACAGUAUCGUGCCAGUACGCGGGUCUUCUGUGGCGACGGACAAGGUGCCGUUCCUUGCAAUGGCGAUUCCGGUAGUGGACUGGUGCUGAAGCGGGGUACGCAGUACUAUCUACGGGGUGUGGUAUCGAGAGGGCGAACCGAUCCCAACACGCUCAAAUGUGAUGCCAGCAAGUAUGUAAUCUAUACCGAUGUAGCGCCGUUUCGGUUUUGGUUGCGAACCGUUGCGAGGUAG